ACCGACGUGACGCUCAUCCAGGAUGAGGAUCUGUUGCGCCGAAUGUGGCAGCAGACCGACGACUUUGCGCGCAAGAAGGAGAUCCGCGCGCGCAUGUACAAGCUGCGCGAGCAGCGCCUGCGAGAGUUCUACACGACCGGCGAGGUCCUGCGCGACGUUCUGAGCGUCACCGGCGGCUCGCCCCCGCCCCCGCACUUCGGCGGCAGCGCCUCCGACCUCCGCCAGCAGGAGACCAAGAGCGCCACCAUCCGCCACGCCGACUCGCUGGCCGACGAGGGCUUCCUCUCGCUCAAGUCCAAGGAGAUCCGCGACUCCGAGUCGCCCACCAGAGACAUCCACAGGCAGAGCAACAAACAGCAUGCGAUGGAGCCCCGCGACGACAGCGGCGUCUACUGGAAAGUGGUGCAGGAGUCGUCCUCUGGCGAGUACAGUUCCUCCGCAGUGACGGGCCCGGACGGCCACACCGUGCUGAGGGAGGCGUCCCGCAGCCAGCAGCUGGGCCUCGCCGCCGACUCGCAGCACGAGGGCGUCUCCAGGACGUCACAGGUGAGCGCCUCCGACAACACGACGCACAUCCCUCGGGGUGAAGGAGGCGCCAUCGAGUCCGGCUCCCGGCUGAUCCUGCGCGAUGGCACCACCAGCGCUUUCGACUCAGUCAGCUUGGACGGCGACCUCGGCGCGCUGCCCGGAGGCACCGUGCUGGUCUCCUCCUCCAGCACCGCGGGCGGCGCUCGCUCCAGCAGCAAGUUCGCCACCUCCUCCUCGUCCGUGUCCAGCUCCUCCCAGAUGAGCAGCAGCCAACGCCAGCAGGAGCAGUACCAGCAGAGCUUCCAGUCCUCCAGCUCGAGCUCCAAGCAGCAGGAGAUGCGCUCCUCCUCCACCACGGAGUUCGUGUCCGGCGGCGAGGUGGUCUCUGUCGGCGACUCCAGCUUCUCGACCUCUGGCGACGUCCUGGAGAGCUCCACGUCCUCCUCGUCGACGGUGGUCCAGCAGGGCAGCAGCUCCAGCACCAGCAGCAAGAAGUUCAGUCAGCGCUUCCACAGCGACGACCUUGCCGGGGGAGACGUCAGCAUCACUCUCCCGGCGGACAACGCCGCCCUGGUCACUGUGACCACGGGCCGCGACGUCAUCCAGCGCAUUCCGGCAGGGUCUUCCGCGGUCGAUGUGAGCCUCACGGGUGGCACCACUGUCUCGAGUUCGCGCUCCACUACGGCUGAAGAAAGGGUGGCCUCGUCUACGACUUCCACGAGCAAAGUGGUCGAACAACGAAUCAUGAGCGAGCUGCACGAUCUCGACUCCUUUCUGUCGACGCAGCACACUGGCGAAUCGACCCCUGCGAGUCCCUACAGCGUAACCGAAAUGCGCGACGGCGGCAGCUGGACCGUCGUCUCUUCGACUUCUGGCACGCAGCAAGAUAACAGGAGGAUCGUCACCAGCAGGGACGACACCAACUCCAGCGAGUUCGUCUUCCGUUCGGGACGGAACGUGAACGAGAUUGACACGACCAGUACGCAGCAGACGGACACUGCGGUGAACAGAGACCAAAUCUCCACGACAACUACGAAAUCGCGCACUGCAGACGACAAUCGAAACGAAUCUUUCAUCAACAAAGAGAAACUGACGACAGUGACCACCAGGCGAGACAAUGUCGACGACGUGCGCAAUGAUUCUUUCAUAGACCAGGAACGAGUUUCGUCAGUCAGGUCCAGAACUGAUGUUGUGGAUGAAACUGACCGUAUGUCUACUGUUUCAGAGAAACUCAUUUCAACUACAGUGGUGGAAGAUACAGGUAACAAACAUAUUGUGAAGGAAAUAACAUCGAUAAUCGUCGAGGACACCGAAGAGAUGAAACCAGCUCCAGAGAAGCCGUCUGCACGUGGAGAUAAACCGUGCAAGCCGAGCGAUGGCAUUACCGACAGACCCUCAGCAACGAAAGAGACGCCUAGCGUGGACCGUCCGGCUCCGUCGCCAGAAACGACGAGACCGGAACAGAGGAAACCAUCGUCGCAGGACACACCCACGACGAAAGAGCCCACAGACUACACGACCACAUAUCAACAGUCGUACACCAACAAGAGAAUCAGCGUCGAUGUGAGCCCCACACACGAUGCCUUUGCGAGGUCUCUCAGGGCCUCACCAGAACGUGCGACUCCGGCGUCUUCUACAAGGUCGUCCAAGACUUCGCUCGACAGGUCUAGCCCUGCGCGCUUCACGAAGCACACGACAUACCGCAAUAGAACGAGUCUCGACCACAGCUUAGCGCACCACGUUAAAACCAGUGCGGAUAAGACCAUCAGACGCCCGUCUCCCACAAGGGAAAGCCCAGAGAAGAUUACAAGAAGGACGACACCGACAAGGACGAGCCCUGAGAAGAUGGCCGGUAGACGUUCUCCCACGAGAACUAGCACUGACAGGCUUACAGACAGGUUCUCACCUUCGCGAACCAGCCCCGACAAGACGGGAGCGAGACCGUCAGCACCUCGCCAGAGCCCAGAGAGGUUACUGAAUGGCUCAGCACCCAGGACGAGUCCAGAUAGGACUGCACCAACCAGACGGCCGUCGGACAAGACGCCAGGUUACAUGGCCCCUAUCGGCAGGAAAAUUUCCGACAGAACCACUCCAGAAAAACAUUCUCCCGCCAGAACUAUACCAGAGAGAACACCAGGACACAUGACUCCUGAUGGGAAGAUUCCAUCAGACAGAACGAGUCCCGAAAAGUCUACUCCAUCAAGAACAUCUCCAGACAAAACACCAAGUUACAUGGCACCACUGAACAGGACAACCACAGAGAAAACUACACGCAGACGAUCAUUUACUUCACCCACGAGAGAUAGCCCAGAAAAGAGAAAGACCUCAACGACCUCACCUGAAAAGCCUACACAGAAGCCGGACAGAAGGGUCAGUUCUGGAGACAGACCGCGUGAUGUAACAUAUUCUCCAUCGAGGAAAACGUCUGAUACUACCACUACCACAACGAUCACAAGGGAUACUACUGUGAAGAAUGCAGUAACCAAGGAUAAACGCAGGCUCUCGUCUGGACUGUCGCGUGCAGUUACCAAGAAACGUUCGUCAACUCCUGGCGCAUCGCCACACACCAGUCCAACCAGAGAUGGUGAGGUUCCCCACAAAGAACGGCAGAGCAGGCCGCGUUCUCGAGGCAGCUCACGCUCAGGGACCGAUUCAGAGGUUACAGACGAUGAAACAAAGACCACUGAAAUUCCAGAUGCCAGUGACAGUGAACCGCGCAUUGACGACAGACCGGAAUCCAAGAGAAAACCCCUCCCAACAUCCACAGAUGAUGAGCCGCAAACUGACGACGAUACACAGAAGAUCUCAGAUCGCAAAGCUCCACUUGACGACGAUGAAAAACCUGAAAGUAGAAGAAAGUCGAUUCCGGGGUCUACAAAAGAUGAACCACACAAAGGUGAUAAGCGAAAACCUGAGGCGAGAAAGCCAAGUGUUACAAAACCUAAAGACGAUGAAGAGAGUCCUGAUGACCGUCGACGACCACAGUCUGGCAAGAAAGCAGUUCCAGAUGCGGGCGACGAUCGUCCUGGAACUCGUCCACGCGAGGAACCUUCUCCAGAACGCACUACAAAAACAAGGCGUGGUGAUAUUAAUGUAAUUACCGAUUUCCUCGAUCAGGAGCGUCUUCAGUUAUCAAAACCAGAUGACAAACAUCCUACGAGAGACCAGACAACUCGAGACAUUCCAGACGAUAAAAAGAAAUAUGGUGACACAGUAAACUUAAUUGAAGCUGAAGCAGGGCGCCAACUGUCACCAUCACUAAAAAAGAGACCUACAAAUGAAGAUUCUUCUCCUGAAAGGAAGGAGCCCAUGAGAAGAACUCCAGGGGAAACAAAAUCUCCACUGUCAACAGAUGGUAGUCCGUCUAGCAGGACAUCACCAGACCGUAAAAAACCAACAGCUGACGAAAUAUCACCGGGAAAGAGGCCUGAUGCCCCCUCUGGAGAAGUAGUAUCGCCUACAAAACGAAAGCCUGACGAUGAGAAAGUGAAACCUGAUGACACAAAAGGAACGAAAAUUCCAGUGAGAGGAUCUCCUGACAAGGAAUCACCUUCACAUGAUAAAGGAACACCUAGAGAAAAAUCACCAGAGUACAGCUCAGAAGGAUCUGUGUCUAAGGAGCUACGACCGAAGAAGGAUACUGGUCGAAGGUCUCCAACAGUGCCUGGAGACAAAUCUGAAUCGCCAGAUUCGAGUCCUGAAAGACGUGGAUUUUCACCAAUAAAACGCUUCAGGACAACACCUUACGGCAAACUGACAAAACCUGGCACUAUUCCUGGUACAGACGACCAUGAACCAGUACCAUAUAAUGAGGCUCCAGAAAAUGAACCGAAAGAAACGCCGAGUUCCAGGAGAGAACCUAUCAAACCUAGUAAGCCUAUAUCAUCAAGACCAACUGAUGAGCGAAAAUCUGGCAUACCAAAACCUACCCCAUCUCCCAUUGACAGCACAGAUGUAAAUGACCGAUCUGUGUCGCCUUCGAAGGGAAGACCAUCUGAAGAGCGACCAUCUAUGCUGCCAGUCAGUAAACCAGUACAUGGACAGCCUAAAACAGGAAAGUCGCCAGCCACAACUCCCUUGGAAGAGAAGUUCCCGAAGGAUGAAAUUACCAGGUGGCCUGAUGGUCAGAAACCUAAGGACAGAUCACCUGACGCACAGAAAAAAGAAACAGAACGACCUCGACAAUUACAUCCGAGCGACUCGCCGAGGUCACUGAGCCCUGUUAAAGACAGCCCUUCGGUGCUUACCACUGAUGACACGAGGGAAAAACUGAAACCUACAGACAGCGAACAGUCGCCUAUUGAUGGCCGUAGCCCCAGAAGCAGUCCAGAACGAAGCAGUCCAGAACGUGACUCGUAUAUAAAAGGACGCCCCACCUCACCAACGAAAAAACCUGGAAGAAGGACACAAGGAGGAGAGUCACCAGAUAGAAGUCCAAGUUCAGAGAGCAGCCCAGAACGCAGAAGCCCUCAGAGGCAGCAGACAAAGUCAGGUUCAGAUCGUUCGCCUGGAAGCAGUCCUGAACGACAGACAAAACCCAGAAAAGCACCUGAAACACCUCUGCAAAAGAAACCCUCAGAUGAUGUAACUAGGGGUUCACAGAUAAAGAGGCCAACACCAGUAGCUGGCAGGCCCUCUUCAAUACCGAGGACGAGCUCUGCACCACGCAGUGAUUCGCCUUCUACUGACAGGAGAGUUCCUCGUAGACCACAGGACAAACAGGUUCCUUCUACCGUGAGACCUACGUCUGAGCCAGCGAGAAAACCGGAGAAACCGGGAAGCCGAUUCCCACAGGCUCCAGACUUCAGCCACAGGCCAGCUACAACUGCCAGGCAGCCAAAGGCAUCCCUACCAUCUUCCAGGAGACCGGAAAGUGGAACUUCACCAGCGACGAGUCCUGCACGUAGACGACCCGAAAGACCCGAGUCUCCCACUGCCACAAAGAGGCGUCCGAAGACGUCUCCUACCACGUACUCCCCCUCAUCCAGUCCUGAGAGAUACCAGCCGAAAAUGGCGCCUGUACAUCCUCGGGACGACAGGCCGUCACAAUACAGUCCAGAAAGGAAGACGCCAAAAGAUAGCUCGCCUGCCACCAGGCGACCAGCCACUAAAGUCAGACCAACAGAAAAACCAACAGAAAGAGUUGCUCCAAAACCAUCACCCAAGUUCGGUCCUCAAACUAGUCCUGAGCGACAACCAAAAAAACCAAUCGUCAAUGGAUAUGACAGAAUAGCGAAGUCUCCAUCUGGACCAAAGUACCCAGACGACAAGAAGCCACUGAAGCAUAACGAAAUUCCAACAAAAGAGCCAAUGUCUACAAAACCAGGCAAGAAGCCACAACCGCGUCAUGAUAAAGACCAACCCAGGAAAACAGAAAAACCAGAACAGACGAGAUACGCAGCAACAGCUAAUUUCAUAACACACCUUAGGGAAUAUGAAAAUGAUAAGGAUGUUAAGAGACCAAAGCAGAGAAAACCGGAUGACGAAGACGAUAAAUCAACCGACAGGUCGUCGACUGUUUCGAGUCCUGAAACAGUGAAAACAGCAACAGACACGCCAAAUGAUACUGGUGAUUUGCAUGUGACUUCAUGUGACUUCAUCGAUCGUGAAGCUACUCACACAACCGCAACGAGGAAAAGGACCGAGAUACAUGUUCCUCACGUUACAGACGAACCAUAUUCUGACAAUGAUGAUGACCUUAAUGAAGAUGCUCCAAGAAGACCUCGCGACCAAGACAAAACAGCGCCGAAAACUGCUUCAGUAUCUAUUACCAUAUCUUCAAAUAAGUCUUUCGAUAGACAGAGAACGUACGAUAAGACAGAUCGGCACGGAGAUUACUACAGCGACGAAUUUCCCGAUGAUUUUCCGGAAGAAAAUCCACCUGAUGAAUUCCUUGUUGAUGACUCUGACACUGACUUCUCUGAACCUACAAGGAGACCUAAAGGACGUAAACCUAACGACAUAAGCAAAAUCCAAGAAGAGGAGCCAGGUUUGAAGAAGCCUAAACAAGGCCGCCCUGCUGAGAAGCAGCCGACAACAAAGAAACCCGCAGAUACUCAUCUGGCACCUAAACGAACAAAACCAUCUGCUGUGAAGCCAGCGGACUCGCGAAGGCCAACUGGAAGACCAGACGGGAUGUCGCCUAGUAGCGCCCAGAGGCGACCAGAUGCUCACAAACCAACAAUCCAAUCAUCUACUAGACCUGAAAGACCAGCAAAGCGUAUGCCCAGAGAUGGUGACGACACGCGGCCUACACGAACAAAUUACGAGAAAAACAUUAUUGUCAGAUCCAGUUCUCCCGGCGAUAUCAAACCACACAGACCAACUACCAAAAAGGAAAUCACUGUUUCCCGUGUUACAGAUAACAGCCAUUCAACCCGAUUGACUUCUGUCAAGCAGCGAGUAACGGUGGCCUCUGCUACCACCAGAGUGACUGGCUCGAAGACAGCAAAGGUGACUACGACCAUGGUCAAACAGAUUGGCAAAAGACCUGUUCCUCAGGAUGAGAAUAACAGGCGGAAGCCUAAAACAGAUCGUCCAUCUAUGACUACGGUCAUGAAUUUCAGAAAUGCAACUGUGCCUAAAAAGACGGUACCUGCCAAGAAAGGCGCGACAAAACCAAAGAAAAUGGUGAAUGGUGUCAAACCUACAGAUGAAACGACUACAGAUGAAGAACCUGAAGCCCCUGAAUUCAUCACAGAUGACGAGAAACACAGUAUUCUCAUGUACACAGAGGAUGAAAGCGAUAUAAACGAUGACGUUAGGCACAACGAACUGCAUUACAUAUCGAAGAUAGAGGAGACAACAACUCGAGAAGAUCGUCUUAUAUCAUCCACACAAGACAAAUUCAGAGGUGACACACUUACCACUCUGGAGGUUCACCACCCCAAAUCUUCCCGUGAAUCUUCUCCAGAGUAUAUAAAGCGACCUUUGCCCGUCACUGAUGAUGAAGAUGGGGGCAGGCCUCGUUUUGCUGACAAAAUCAGCGAGCCAGAAGAUGAUGAUGAAACUGCAAGGAGACCAUCAAAGACAGUAUUUCAGAAACCCAUUUUGCAGCCUGAGCCUUUGGAUGAAGAAAUUACCGAUGAUGAAGAUAAACGUGCCCCAGAGGUUCCAGGACAGCCUAGACAACCAGCAAAGACACCUUAUCGCUCUGAAAAGGUGACUGAUGUGAGGGAAGUGGAAACAGAUGAAACCACAAACGUCAGUGUCGCUGACAGAGUGACUCAGUUCAUAGAAAGCCAGAAAACAGCCACUUCACCUUACCAGCCCAAGCCUCAAGAACCAACGGACGAUGAACCAAAAAUUGAUGACAGUCCAAGUUCAGUGAGUAAAGCAAAAGCUUUAUUUGAAACUAUAGCAAGUACACAGAAAUCGCCUACUUCUCCAAGGCAGAUCGAUAUUCUAAGCAGGCCAUCAGUCUUUGAAGCUAGACGAGGUAGUCCACGAGUGACUCCGACAACAGACCAAAGUGGAACACCAAAAUCGCCUGGCCGUCCAACAGAACCAAAGCGGGCAACAUGGCCCCCUCAGAGGCCUCCUUCUGAUAAUGAAGAAGAUUAUCCUGAAUCGCAAAAGCCUGGAAGAACUUUGCCAACAGGUGGCCAACCCAAAGAUCUUGACCAUCCAGUACAAGACAAAGAACCCAAGAAAGGAACAUGGCCUAGAAGGAAGGAGCCAUCUGAUUUAGAUGGUUAUCCACCAUCACAACAACCAGACAAGUCACGACCUGAUGCUGAAAAGCCAGAUGAGCCAGAGAGCCAUCUCCAUCGUCCUAAGGAACCCAAAAGAGCUACCUGGCCUCCUCAAAGGGUAGAAAGUGAUAAUGAUGACGAUGACAUUCGUCCUUCACAAAAACCAGACAGGCCCUCUUCUCCUGUUACCCAGACACGUCCAAAUGACCGUAAAAGUGGUACCUGGCCCUCUCAGAAGGAAGCAGACGAAAUAGAUGACGAUCAUCCUUCAGCACAUCUGUCUGACAAGAGAUCGCCUGACAGCAAGCGACCAACAGAUGACAGUCGUUUGGUGCAGCCCAAGGAGCCGAAAAGAAGUACCUGGCCUCCUCAAAAAGAGCCAUCUGACAUGGACCGACCAAACGAUAAACCUCAACCAGUGCAACCAAAAGAGACAAAGAGAGCUACGUGGCCUCCACAGAGACAACCAUCUGAUGUAGAUGAUAGCUAUCAACCAUCUCCACACCGACCAAAAGGCGAUGGUCCUCAAACCAAGCGUCCAGAUGACGACUAUAGGAGGGAACAACCAAAAGAAUCCAAGAAGACCACAUGGCCACCACAAAAACAGCCUUCGGACGUUGAGGACGACUAUACGCCUUCACGUAAGCCUUCUAGAACCUCGCCUGACAAGGAACAACCGAAGAGAUUCGACGGAAAAAGACCAGAAGUGCCACAAGAUGAGUACCCUAGUGAUGAGGAUUCUGAAUACCCAGUUGGUUACAGAAGACCAUCGAAAGAUACUCCAACAUACAUUUCAGAAUCUCCAUAUGAUACAUCACCAGCACGAAAAAUUUCGAGGCCAAUGGAAGAGCAACCUAGAGAUGAACCAACAGUUAAACGGCCUACCGAUUCGUAUGUCACCACCACAAAGGUAGACUUAACACCAAAACAGAAACAACCAUUACAUCCAUCUGACAAAGAGACAUCGCCAGAAAGGAAACAGCCUGUACCUACUGACGAAAAGCCUCGAAAAUUCUCGACAGAUACUUACACAAAAAGCAAAACACCACAGCGGACCUCGUCGCCAGACGAAAGACACGUUGCUCCAUCUAGAAAAGAUAGUUCCCCAAGAAGACCACAGCCAGAGACAUUCAGUACAGGAACGUAUCCGAGGAAGAAGACACCACGUGAAAGCUCCCCAGAGGACCGAGUACCGUCGCCCACGCAGGGCAGGCGUCCUUCCGGCAAGGAUGAGCCGGAGCGCUUUUCCACCGCUACUUUCCCAAAGAAAACAGCACCGAAAGACGAGGAGCCGUCGAGAAGAAGCCCACAGAGGGAACAGCCUCGCGGAAUUUCAACCGAUACGUUCACCAAGAAGAAAUCACCUCGGGGAGAAUCACCCGACCGCGAGACGUCACCACAGAGGAAAUUUUCGACAGACACCUACACGAAAGAUAAGUCGCCCAGGGACCGGAGGCCAGACGAGCGCGAUAAGUCUCCGACGAGAAAGUAUUCUUCUCCUACUAGAGAUCGUCCACACGAGCAAACACCUGGAAGAAAGCCGUCGAGUGGGACAUACCCAGAAAGUGACGGAACGUCACCGACGGCGAAGAGAGAUUUUACCAGACCAAAACGUCCAGAAGACUCUCCAAAGGACACAUCACCGACGAGAAGAGAUACGACGAUCGUGAGAGAGAGGCACGACGAUUUCUCAAGUGCUACAUACACAAAGAAGACAUCGCGCGACGUCUACACUGAGGAGAGGGUGUCGCCCACUAGGAAGGAAUCAGUACCGCGCCGCGAGUCUCCAGGCGAGGUCAGCCCGACGAGGGCGUCGCCUACGAGGAGAACAGCUCCUGAUGACAGAGACCACCCGAAACGGCGCUCGCCCGAAAGGGCGCGAUCGUCGCCCUCGGCACCACGCUCUUCGCCGACAGACUUCAGAGCGUCGCCCGAAAGAGGCCCCAGGACUUCCCCAACCAGACGGGAAGAGGACUACCCGAGGAGCAGGGAGUCCCCAGACAGGAACCGUUACUCGCCGGACAGGGCAGAGCGCUCGCCCGAACGGAAGGAACAGACUCCAGCUACCAAGUCCUCGCCAACUCGCAGGACCUCCGCGCCACGGGAACCUGCUGAGCCGGUCAGGAAGACGUCGACGCCCAAGGACCGGAAGGAGCCGACGCCUCAGCAGCCGGGUGGCAAGUUCGGCGUCGCACUGCGACAAGUCAAGGCCAAGACGACCACCGGCACCACCACCACCAGCGUCGCCACCACCACCACAACAGCGCAGACGCGACGUCGCAGCGGGGAGGUCCCUAGGCCCAAGGCUCCGGAGGAUGAAGAGGACAUUGAGCAGAUCUUCGACAUCGUAGUUCUCGAGAGAAUGCUGGAGGUCGCCGUGGCCUACGACAUCCGACGGCGCCUCCGUGCUCAGAUCCGAAUCGUGCGCCGCAUGAUGUCCGAGUCGAGCACGACCACCACCACGACGAUCAAGACGACUCGCACGCUGCGGCGAGAGGAUAAGCUCCAUCCUCAGGAUUCAGAGCCGGAACACGAUUUGGAACCGGAGCCCACGAGCGAAAGUGACGCAGAGACUGAUCGGCGCCGACCCGUCGAGCCGGACCGCAGGAGACCCUCCAGAGUAGAGGAGAAGCCGUCGGGCAGGCAGCCCUCCACACAGGAGGAGGAGUGGCCAGCUGGCAGGAGGCCAUCCAGGCCGGACGAGAAGCCGACGGCCAGGCGACCGUCGUCACAGGAUCUGGAACGCCCGGAGGCGAAGCGUCCGGAAGGAAGGCGCCCGUCAGGGCAGGACUACGAGCGUCCAGAGGGACGACGCCCCGCACCACAGGACACUGGCCGUCCCGAGGGAAGGCGUCCAUCCUCGCAGGAUUUCGACCGUCCAGAAGGGCGACGUCCUUCGUCACAAGACUACAGCCACCCAGAAGAAAGGCGACCGUCGACACAGGACCACGUGCGUCCUGAGGGGCGAAGACCGUCGUCUCAGGGUUACGAACGUCCAGAUGACGUGCGGCCAGAAUCGCCAACUGGACACAAACGACCCGAAGGCAGACGCCCUUCCACGCAGAAAGACUACGACAGUCCAGACCACAGGCGACCCUCACCAGAGAGACAGCAGGCUCCUCACGGUGACCGAGAAAAGCCGUACGGGAGGACUCCGUCGAAAGACAUACUCCGACCUGUCGGUAAGGUUCCUCAGGAGUACGGACCGACUGAAAAAGGAAAGGGCCCACGUGACAUAGAUAGGCCGUACGGUAAAAUCCCCUCUCAGGACAUUCUGAGACCCACUUCGCAAAGUCCGAAGCGUCCGGAGGAACGGCGACCGACUUCCCGAGAUUACGACCGACCUGAAGACAGGCGACCGGAGUCACCUGCCCGGGACGAACAGCCGGACGACACUUAUCCAUCCACGCAGCAGGACUACGACCGUCCAACGUACAGGCGUCCGUCACCUGAGAGGCAGCAGGCCCCACAUGACGAUCGGGAUAAACCUUAUGGUAGGACACCAUCGCGAGAUGUACUCCAGCCCGUAGGGAGAACACCUCAGGAAGAUUCGCCAACUGACAAAGAAAAGAGGCCGUACGGAAAAAUACCAUCCCAGGAGAUACUCAAACCCACUGGACAGCGCCCAUACCAACCUUUAAGGACGAGCACGCCAAAGACACCUCGAGAAGACGAAUCCAAACCUUAUGGUAGGAUUCCAUCCAAAGAUAUAUUGCGCCCAGUCUCGCAGAGACCUCAAGAGGCAAAACCGUUCUCGCCCAGAGAACCUGAGAAAGAGAGCCCUUACAGAUCGACUGCAAGGGUUCCACAUGAUGAGGAAACCAAGCCCUAUGGCAGAGUACCAUCUCAAGACGUUCUUAGACCAACUUCUCAGAGACCGCAGGAUGACACUCCAACUCCCAGGACACCUGGGGAGGAACACACUAAACCAUACAGAAGAGGACCAUCCCAGGAGAUACUGCGACCAGUGUCUCAGAGACCAAAGGAGCCAGAAUCUCACACUGACUCUCCACGGGACAGUGACAGUACUAGACCCUACGAAAGGACUCCGUCCAGGGAUAUACUAAAACCUACGCCAGAGAGACCUCAGGACGCUAAGACAGUACCAAGAGAACCAGAGCGCAAGCCUUCCAGAGAUUCUCCAAUCGAAAGUGACAAGAAGCCCUACGGUCGAAUACCGUCGAAGGAUAUCUUGAAACCGGUGUCGCAGCGGACGCCAGAGGGCAAACCCUUCUCCCCGAAGGAUACUCCGGACUACAGGACUGGAGCAAAGGUGCCUCGUGAAGAUGAGACGAGGCCGUACGGGCGGGCACCUUCCAAGGACGUGCUGCGACCUAAGGAGCUGCAGGACUCACCACGGCUGGCAACGCGCGACGAUGGCCCUUCACCAGUCGACGACGUCUGCAGGCCAUCCAGGGACGGACAGAGGCCAGCCGAGUUUGACAGGAAGCCUUCGAGGACAGAAAUUACCGUCGAGCUGAAGCCAUCUCCUGUGAAGUCCCCGGUGAAGAAGUCGUCGGUGGGCGAGCCGCGCGAGCCCUGCCCCACGGACUCCAUCACGUCCAGCUACGGCGUCGGCCCCACCGACGAGAACGGCCGGCCGCUCUUCGGUCUGCGCGCCCUGCGACGGACCAACACCGGCACGCAGCCUCUGCAGCGCUCAGACUCGCCGGACAGCCAGGAGCCGUCGGCGCCCGCAGAGCCGUCUCCCGCAGAGAUCCGCGAUUCGAGCGGCCGUCCUCUGUUCGGCGGUCUGCGCGCCCUCAAGGCCGUGCGGCCGCAGCCCGAAGCUGAGCCGACGCCGACGCCGGAGCGCCAGCCCCGCGACGACGCCGGCGACGACGACGACAUGCCCGAGCAGAGCGCCCCCACCGCGCCGCACCUGCGCGAAAUAGUCUCCCGCCACGAGCAGCACGUUCGUGGAAAUGCUGUCUCACAGCCAACAGCUCCCCGUGAGAAACCACGAGCGAAGCUGCGAGACAGUUUCAUUCUGCCCCAGGAUCAAGCUGAACAGCCCUCAGCACCUAGUGAGCACCUGGUCGAGGAUACUCGUGUCCUUUCACAGCGGCAGCAGUCACUGAGAGCACUUAUACAGAAGCAUGAGCGCAUCGCCACAAGUGAGACUGAAGACAGAAUACACCAGAAACAGAAGGAUGAGCCACAACAACCAGGCGAUGGUGGCCGCAGACCAGGUAUUCUGAAGAAGCCUCGCGAUGAUCAGCAGGUGGUAACGGAAACUACCAGCAGUUCCACAACAACUGUAGUAUCAGAAAGGGGAGCUGUUCGCUCUGACGGGACUGUGUCACUGACAAGGGAUGUCAUAAGAGGAGAAACUGUCUGUCGUCCUGGUGAAGAACCUGUUUCAAAAGUAACAAAAUCUCACUAUCAGUAUAAGACACCUGAAGAUAAGGAACCACUGUCAAUAGAGGAUUACAGAGAUGGAGAUGAUGUUGAUCAAGAAUAUGACUCUCCAGAACCCAGCAGAAAGCCAUCGGUGGGUAAGGGCACAUCACCAGAUCGAGAAUACUCAGCUGAUGGCACUGUGAGGUUAGCAAGCAUUACGACCUCAACUGUUAGCAGUAACAGUAUUAGACGGUCAAAGCUUACAGAAGAUGAUGUUAAGAAGACUGAUACAACUAGAACUGAGAAGGUUUCUAUUGACAGUAGCAGGAAGCCUAAAGUAAGAGAUGACCUCAGUUACAGGAAACCUCAGUCAAGUGUCAGAGUUACUGGGUCAGGAGACAAAUCUGCAGAAGAAACACAGAGAUAUGUGAGCUCCACUACCGUUACAAGCAAGACAUUUAAGACACAAGAUCAGGAACUUGAGAACAAAAGUGUCAGGCAGAGCUUUGGAAGAAGUUCCCCCUCCAGAAGUUCACCCGAAAAGACUGUCCCAGAUUAUGAAGAUGACAGUCAACAGCCAGUCUCUGGUGGUCAAUAUUAUAGCACCACUGUAACAACUGUCACACGAAGACCAAGUGGAGGAUCACCACACCCAAAAGAUAAAACUCCCGCCUCUGUGCGGCGACAAAUUUUCACUAAAGAUGAUGAAGAUGAUGAUCACCAGGAUGUUUCCCGUAAGACAAGCUAUGGAAAAGUCACUAGAGGAUCAAGUGAGACAACCACCUACACAACUGGGAAAGGGCAAACGGUAUUCACUACUCGUCUGCAGUCAUCAGGGGAUGAUAGAGAUUCCCCUAGACAUGACAUCACUACAGAGUUUGACGAUGGUGAUGACAGUGAUGGCUACAAAAGGAGUAGCUACUAUGUCACCAGUUCAGUCACAGGCUCUAUGCGAUCCAGUCCUGACAGAACUAGUGGGCAUUAUGAAGAUGAAGAAGCCUAUAGCAGCAGUCACAGUCGACAAACGGAAAGCAAAUAUUCUAGAUCUUCAGUGCAACAAAGCUCUGUUGAGAAGUCUUCCACCACAAGUACGUCACAGUCAGGAACCACAUCGGCUAGCAGAAGAAGGUCGUCGACACCGCAAGAUGACAGGGAAGGUUCUCCAUCACCUUCCAGUGGAGGUUUCUCAAGAGUUGCUCGAGGAGGAUCUGUGAGGGCACUCUCACAGAAGUUCCAACAGGCUGCUGCUGAGGCCAACAGCAGCGACAACUCUCGGUCACAGAGGUGUUAUCCAAAGGCAGGUCUCAUCUUCCGUUCUGCAAGCUUCCGACUUAACAAUGGAUGUAGUCCUGUCACUACACCCACCAGUGACCCAGGCUCACCAGGUGUCAAACAGUCAUCAACAAUAGAGGUCCGUGUGAGCUCAUCGGGCAGUAAUCAGAAUACACCAAAGGCUGACAAAGACAAUAGGUCAUUUCUUGACAAUCAGUCUAAAGUGACCGAUGUACAUGAUGUACUGAAUCGAAUGAGAAACUCUGAACAGGGUGCACAAGAAGAUGACACAGAGGAAGAUAUUGAGGCACGUUCCUUGCUGAAUAAGUUUCUGGGAGCGCAAGUAAUAAUGCAGGGAAUGGAGCCCUUAAUGAAAGAAUCUCACACCCAGAGUGCAGCCCUAGUCAGUCAGAUUGAACGGCAGCGAGCACAAAAGACUGUCUCAUCGAGCUACAGUAAGAAUUUCGAAGGCGAUAUUGAAGACGUCUGGGACGAAGCACUGUUGAGACAUCUUCUUGAAAGCUGCACAGACUACGAGGGUCGAAGACAAAUAAGAGCGAGGUUACGCACUGUCAUGGCUGAACAGAAAGCUUGUGCAAAUGUUGUUGCUGAAGUUGCUGCUGGUGAUGAUGACAACAAGACUUCUUCUGUAAUGACUUCAGAAGAAAUCAUAGAAGGCGAGGAUGGAACGAGGGUGCACCGCAGAGUGCAGCAGGGCCAGUCUGAAUCCACAAUCCAGUCAUCAUCAGUAGAAGACAAUGUCGUCACUCGAACUGAAGUAACUACCAAAACGUCAAGUUUCUCUGCCACUUCUGUGGGAAAGAGUAAAACAUCAAGAGCUCCUCCUGGGAAAGUGAUGUCCCCUUUUGCCAAGUUCCAGGAAAUGGAUCGCCAAAACUCACAAUCUGCACCAAGCUCCCCUAAGACCCCUGGGGGCACUGCAGCCCCCAUUUUUAAAUUCACGGAUCCUAAGCUGUGUCGGAGCGCUUCAGCGGUCAAGGACAGACUUCUGUUCUGGUGUCAGAGCAAGACCAAGGAGUACAAGAACAUUCAAAUAGACAACUUUUCAACAAGCUGGAGCAAUGGGCUAGCAUUCUGUGCCCUCAUCCAUCAUUUCCUUCCUGAUGCCUUUGACUACGAUUCAUUACGUCCUGAAGAGCGGCGAAAAAACUUCGAACUUGCUUUCACAGUGGCUGAUGAAAAAGCAGGCAUUGCACCAUUGCUUGAUGUUGAGGACAUGGUAAUGAUGCGUAAGCCUGAUUGGAAAUGUGUAUUUACAUAUGUUCAGUCUGUUUACCGCCGCUUCAAGGAUGAAGACUGAAAACCUUAGUUUACGAGUAGAAUCAAUGUUCCUAUCAAAAGCUCUGUUUGUUUUCUAAUAUUUUAAAAUGUGUUUUAAGAGUGUUAUAAUGUUUUAAGUUCCAUUAAAAAGAAGUAUUCUGUCUGUACAUUGUUGUAAAAUAGGUGUUUAAUUAAUGGAUAUUAUCUUUGUUAUGACUGACUUUCUGUUAUAGCAAUAUUUGAUGAUGUACCACUGCACUUGCACAAACUCUAUAUUUUAUAAGAUAUUUCUGAUUAUUUAAAAAAAAAAAUAGAUCAUGUUUGUUGCAAAAGAAACAAUGGUACAAAUCUAUGUUAAACAUAGAAGCAAAUGAUGGAUGAGAUUAAUAAUGUUGUUAAGAUUUUUUUAUGCUAGCCAUGAGCUCCAGUACGUUAAGUAUAAUCACCAAAUAUCAUAGUUCUUUUGUACUUAACUCAUUUACAGUUUUAUACAUUUUAUAUAAAAAUAUUAAUAGUUGCCAGUACCACAUAAUUACAAAAUUUACUAUUUUAUGUUUGUUUGUUUUUUUCAUAUUCUACUAAAAAGCUUCAACAGAAGCAGACAAGGGAAAAUGUUUCCACAUAUAUUUAAGCAUUUGGUGCUUCUAAAAUGUACUUUCUUGGUGCUACAUUUUACACCCAGCCUUUGCAGGUAGAUGAGACAUAUGAUCUAACACAGAAGUAAUUAGCUGGGGCAUAAUUUGCAGUGGAUGCAAUUAACAUUUUUUAUUUCUAAUUUAAAACUAUAACAUCAUCACUGUACAAGUCUGGCAAUAAAGUUGUGUUUUCAGAUUUUUAUUUUCAGCCAAACAAAUUGGUGUAGUUAUGUCUUUCGAUUGUUAAUUUUGUAUCUGAAUUUUAGGGCUUACUAAUGAAUAAGAUGAAAUGAAGCUUUUUAUUAAAAAAAUAAACAGGUUCAACUGUUUGAAAGUAA